AAAAGGCGUUCCCUCGUGGAUAACCGCCGAAUUUGAUUCUUUGUAUCGCAGUACAUUAAAAGUCUCAUAAAUAUCUCGCCAGUGUUUGCCAAUAAGCAGACAAUUAUGCCAGGAGUCUGAGAGAGAGAGAGAGAGGGAGGCGGGGCGGACCUGUACUGGAUGGCGGUGCCUUCACACUGGCACAUGUACUGAAAUGCUGCUGUUGGAUUUUGUGGACUCGGUUUGUUGCUCAUUCUGCCUGAAAAGUGGAAGGCGGGCACAUGCAGAGACUGGGCACCCACGCCUGCUUUUGGAAACCGCGCCCGUCUCCUGAAAGCAUUGUCUGUUUCUCACAACCGUUUAUCUUACACUUUAAGGGGCAUUGAACUCAGCCCAACCCCCGGAGCAACGGGAUGCGGAUCAACUGAGCAGAGCGUUUCGGUUUUGUGGGUUAUGCAAGACCUCAGGAAUUGUCGCUCCUUUAUCUUUGUUGGUUCAUUAGUCCCGGUCUGUCUCACCUAAGAGGAGGAAAGAACUGUCUCCCUUAAAGAACUAGUGGAAGUAAAAGGUUGAAACAAACUGAGGACCCACCGAAUAUUGGACCAAGAAAUCAUAGACAUAGCAUUACUAAAGUGUAGCUGUUCUGAGUGCAUCGGUUUGAAACAACUGAUAUCCUACCAUGUCAACAGCCCUGAAACAGGUAUUCAAUAAAGACAAGACCUUUCGGCCAAAGAGGAAAUUUGAACCAGGUACUCAGAGGUUUGAACUCCAUAAGAAAGCACAGGCUUCAUUAAGCUCAGGAGUGGAUCUGAAGGGAGCUGUUCAACUACCCAAUGGUGAAGACCUUAAUGAUUGGAUUGCUGUUCAUGUGGUGGACUUCUUUAAUCGAAUUAACCUGAUUUAUGGGACAAUCUGUGAGUUCUGUACUGACAGGAGCUGCCCUAUCAUGUCAGGAGGACAGAAGUAUGAAUAUCGAUGGCAGGACGAUAACAAAUACAAAAGACCCACUGCCCUUCCAGCUCCUCAGUACAUGAGCCUCUUGAUGGAUUGGAUUGAGGUUCAAAUCAACAAUGAAGAAAUCUUCCCGACAAGCAUUGGAAUCCCCUUUCCCAAGAACUUCCUUCAGAUCUGCAAGAAGAUUCUGUGUCGACUCUUUCGAGUCUUCGUCCAUGUUUACAUUCAUCACUUCGAUCGGCUUGGCACCAUGGGAGCAGAGGCACAUGUUAAUACGUGCUAUAAGCACUUUUAUUACUUUGUAACAGAAUUUAACCUUGUAGACCGCAAGGAAUUAGAACCUUUGAAAGAGAUGACAUCGCGGAUAUGCCACUAAACGAUUAUAGAGAUUCCAAUUAACUACAGAACCCAGCAAGCAGCAACCUGCAAGCAAUACAUCAGCUGACUCCUCUGCUUGCAUCUGCAUCACUGGGACUAAUGCUUCAAAGACAGAUAAAGCCCAACAGCAACCUCAGGCAAUUUUUGUGUAUUUGUGUUGGUAAAAUGUCUGAAUACUGAAAACAUUGUCUCAAACUGGUAUUAUGAAAAGCACUCUGUAAUUUUAAACUGCUUGUUCCCUUCUAAUUUUUCAACAGUCCAGCUUUUGACUUAAACUAGAUCACUGCCUGAAAGUGGUAUAUACAAUCUAGUGUAUCAGUAUGUAUUGUUUAACAGUCUGACAGCUGAUAUCAUUUUUAUUUAGGGCAUAGUUAAUGGCCCAUACCUAUCAUCAUAAAAUGAUCAGUGAGAGAAACUGAGUCCUGCAGUAAACUCAAAAACUCUCUUUUUCUACGUCUGCCUUUAAAUCUAUCUACCUUCAUGAUCAGAUGAAAGUUUCCUUUUUGAAUUGGGUGCACAAAGUAGCAGAUUUGAAGAGAUUGGAGUUGACGGAACUACUUACUAGCUCGAAACUCUGAGGCAAACCCAGGAUGCUCGCUUAGUUUCAUGUCACCCCUCAAUGCUAAAGGACAGUGAAAUGAGCAUUCUGAUCGUCUACUUUUUCUCACUAUUAUUCUCCUUUAUUCUGAUGUGCUCACUGGCAUGUAGUUCUUUUUCUCCUUCCUAUACUGACCUGUUUGACAGGGGUUGUUUCCCUAGGGGAAAUCUCUCUUCUGCCCAGGAGUCUCUAGCAGACCAGGUCCAACAGGUAAAAUCCCGCAGACCUCAAGGUACACUGCAGCAAAUGGUUUCCCAUUCAGUCACAUAACUCUUGCCGUUAAAAAUCUGAUACUUAAAAUUCAGCAGCUAAGAGCAGUCUGAAAUGAUGGAUGACAAUAAUUCUGUCAUACGCAUUCUUGACAUAUUUAUGCAAUUUCCACAGGGUAUAAUAAUUAGAGGCAGGGAUUCUGGUUCCUUACGUAGCGUGAGGUUAAUUGAAGCUUCUCUUCCUGCUCCAAUGCACAUUAACCAAUCUAACACAGCAAAGGGAAUCAAACCUAGAGGUCUAUUGAAAAAGCAGUUCAACAUCAGUACAACUUUUCCCUUUUUAUUUCCAGCACACUCCCAGUCCACUCAAGCCCUCUUGGCUUUAAUUGAAUUUUCCAUAUUUCCCUACUUCCAAUCCUUUUAUUUUUCUGGAUCUAUUUUCUGUUUUACAAUUUAUGCAAUAGGAGACAUUGUUUCUAAAUGUCUAGCCUAUUGAAUACUUCUAAUGUUUUGUACACCUCUCUCACAUCAUCACUUAAUCUGAGACGGACUGAGUUUAUUAUGAACACCGCCAUGAGGUGACGCAGUGCCCAUUGCUGCCAGGAACCUAUUCAGCGUUUUCUGUUUUGAGUUAUUUUCCUGGGUAUGUGACCUACAUGCUGUCCAAUCCAGAUGUUCUGUCCACCUAGCCAGAAACUCACUGACUAUGGAUCUGACAAACAAGCAACUGUCCACCACCAGGACUUACACUGCGUGUGCUCUAAAUACUGUUUGGUACAGAGCCUGUCCACUGCCCUUCACACAAUGGCAGAUAGUUGCUCAGCAGGGGAUGGGUUGCUCCACUUCACCCCAGCUUCCUUGGCACUCCCCGAACCCCACCCCACCACCACCUCCCCAGUUGUCUUGCCUCCAGUUCGCCUGGCGUCUUGUCCUCCAGUCUUCCCAUUGCCUUGCCAUCAGACCCUUCCUCAACAGUUGCUCCAUAUAGGACGCAGAGUGGGUGGCAUCAAUGCAUGUGCAGGUGCUGAUAUUACUGUGCACAGACCGCGGUGACAUCAGUGAUGAAUGUACGGACACUCCCGCAAUCUGUCAUGACUAGCUGACAUCAUGGACCAUGUGUGAGUGGUAUGUGAGGGGCAAUUUGAUGGCCAUAUUGGAGCAAUCAUUCUGAUCUCAGAAUGCCAGCCAGGUUAAUAAAAUCUAUCUGAAUAUUUUCACUUUCUUCCUCACAAGCUGUUGGUCUGCUUUAUUUCUGGUUCUGAUAGGUAGUCAGUGAACUGAAAGGUUAAUCCUACCUUCCUCUCUUCACAGAUGCUGCUUGGCUAAUGGAGGGUUUUCAGUAUUAUCAGUUUUCAUUUUAGAUUUUCAAUGUUUUCUUUUAUAAUUUAAUUGUGUUGGUUCAAACCAAGUUCCUUUUCCAUUGUUGUACAGCUUUAAGUCAAACAGCUUCAUAUGCCACUAUUUCUCAUUGUCUCACAGUCUUGGAUGUCAGUGAUUUUCCUUACCAGCUACAUUCAAGUAACGUUCAGUAUUAAAUGGAGCUUUAUAAUCACAAAGAAGACAUUCCUCUUAUCACUCGGAUGGCAUAGACUCAGAAUAAAUAAGAGAUGUAAAAAUUUGAGCUUUGAGCUGUCAGUAUUUUGUAAAAUCUCAAUAGAAUUUAGAUCUGCUUCAUAGUGUUUCUUACCUUUAAAUUCAUAGAAUCAUAGAAUCUGCAGUGCAGAAGGAGGCCAUUCAACCUGUCAUGUGUGCACCAGCUCCCGAAAGAGCUACCAAGCUAGUCCCAUUCUCCAGCCUUAUCUCCAAAGCCCUCUAACUUCAUCACUUUCAAAUAUAUACGCAAAUUCUCUUUUGAAAUCUCCUAUGGAUCUGCCUCUGCCUCUCUUCCAGACAGCAAAUUCAAGAUCCUAACAACUCUCUGCAUAAAGAAGGAUAUUCUGUUUCCACUAGUUGAUCUGUCAAUUAAGAGAGGUCACAAUUUCAAGACUGUCAAUAAGACAGAUAGGAGUGAGAGGAGGAGAAAGUGUGUUACUACUUUUAGUUAUUGACAUAAAAAAUAGUGGAAACAGAAUAUCCUUCUUUACCCUGUCAGAAUUGUUAAUAACUUUGAACGUCUCAGUAAAGUCAUCACUCAAGCUUCUCUGCUCCAAGGAGAAUGACCUAAUUUUUCUAAUCUUGCCUUAUAUGUAAAAUCCCUCAUUCCUGAUAUCAUUCUUGUAAAUCUCCUUUGCUGUCUCUUCAGGGCUUUCUGAAAUAAGGUGCUUAGAACUGAACACAGUACUCCAAAUGUGGUCUGACUAAUGAUUUGUAGAGGUGGAGCUUCACUUCUUUGCUUUUAUACUCUAUGCCUCUAUUGAUAAACCCAAGGAUCCUAUAAGCCUUCUUAACAACUGUUUCCAUUCACCUGGCUACCCUAAAAGAAUUAUGCAUGUGAACUCUGCGAUCCUCUGCUCCUGAACUCACCUUAAAGUUGCAUGAUUGAGACUAUAUUGUUCUUUCUACUAAAAGGCAUUAGUUUCCAUUUUUCUGCACUGAAAUUCAUCUGCAAGGUGUGUGUCCAUUUGGCCAACUUAUCAUUGUUACUCUGAAGUCAAUCAGCAUUGUCCUGUUGGCAACCAUCUCAAAGUCAUUUAUAUAAAUCAGAAAAUGCAAGAGUCCUGACACUGAUCUCUGGGAAACACCACUUUGAACUUUUCUCUAACCUAUGAACUGCCCAACUAUGCCUUCCCUGUGUUUCCUAUCUUUUAGUCAAUGUUUGAACUAUGCUGCCAAGGACUCAAAAUCCUGAACAUUUCUAAUUUGCUAACCAACCUGUCAUGUUUUCUCAAAGUUCUGAAAGCGCAUUAAGUGGCUAUUUCUAGGUACGUUCUAAGAAACAGCUUUAUGCUGAGGAAAUUAGUUUUUCAGCAUGCUGAAACAAUUGGAAUGGCAGACUGAAAGGUGGCUGUAAGAAUGCAACCAGAUGAUGGAAAUCAUUAGACAAAGCAUCACUGCCAAUUACAUAUUCUGUACCAGCCAAAGCUGAACAAAAACUCGGUAAGCCAGCAAGUCCAUUGUGAAAAAAAAUUGCAACAUGGUAAGCUGCAAUUAUGUUUGGUCAUCAGACUUCUUACACACUGAUUUCCAAGUGGUCUAGUUGAAAGUAGUUUCCAAGGCUAGCUAUGUGGGAAUGAUGGUCAAGCCAUACUGAAAGCAUUCUUGGAAGCCACCAGCAGACAUUUGCUAAGAUGGUGACUUUCCUUCACUACACUCAUUUGAAUCAAUAAUAAUCCACUCAACUAAUCAGAAAAAAAAUGGUUUUGACUUAUUUGUUUAUGUUCUGUUCUUUACAGUGAUAAGGAGCAACAGAUGCUUUAAGAUCAACUUGAGACUUAUCCAGUACAAUGCUUAUUUAUUGAACUUAAGAUUUUAGCAGAUCCAUACAUUGUGUCAGGACUUUUACCAUUCUAUGAUUGAUUCUGAGAAGGCUUAACCAAGUAGAUGACAAUAGAAAUGUUUAAAGAGUGUGGUGAGGCUGAGAGUUUUUGAAUGAUACAAGGAGAAUGCUUGUUGCUCCUUGCAAUUAAUAAAGUGUUUAAUUGGUAAUCUGUUUUGGGACUCUAUACGGUUAUGAAAAGCAUGAUGUAAAUACAAGUUCUCUUCAAUCAAAAACUUUGGAUGCUGGAAAUCUGAAAUAAAAGCAAAAAUAUCUGGAAAUAGUGGGUGAGACAGAGGUCAUGAAGCUGUCUCUUUCUUCACAGGUGUUACCUGACCUGCUGAGUCUUCGUAGGAUUUUCAUUUUCUGUUUUUGUUCCACAAACAGUAAGUCUUCACUUAAAGUUGUGGAUAUGUUCCUGAAAACACUGAUUUUAAGUGAAACAUGAACCAUCACAUGUUCUGUAGAAUCAUCCUUAUCAGAAAAGAGCAGAUAUUAAAACAUUACAUCCUGUAAAUUGGAAUAUUUUAUAUUGUCAUAUUCCUAAUUUGGUAAAUCAAACUUUUGAGACUAAAAUAGGUUUACAAAUAUAGAAUAAAAGUGCAACUUGCCACUUACAGUGCCUCAUCCACACUGGCCAUGCUGCUUCUGAGACCUCCUGCUCCCUGAUUCUCCAAGUCACUGCAGUCUGUCCCUGCUCCUCAACCUUCAAGAUGAUGCCUGUCCCCUAGUUCCAACCUCCAAUUUGCAGUGUGUUUCCCAUCCUUGAUCAACUCAUGCACUAUUCCCCUUUCCUAGACGUGCGCUGCUUUUUAAGAUCAAUUGUUAAAUGGAGCUCCAGUGUCAUGGAUGUGCACAUUCUGAUGGUUCCAAAAUGCUGAGACUUUCACAAUCCAUGUGUUUUUAAAGGCUUUCACUCUACACUUUCCUCUCUUGAACUCUCGCUGAGAGAAAAGGUUUGGAAGAAGAGCACCGAGACAAGAUGAGCUGUGAAGAUCAUAUAAAAAAAAUAGGGUGAGAGGAGGGGGGAAAUGAUCCAUGGGUGAGUUUUGGAAAAAUAAGUAUCUGCAACUCAAAGUUGGGGAAUGGCAAGGUGCCUCCCUCCCACUCCACCGAGGACAUGCAGGUCCUUGGACUCCUCCACCGGCAAAACAUUACAACACGACGGUUGGAGGAAGAACGCCUCAUCUUCCGCCUGGGAACCCUCCAACCACAAGGGAUGAACUCGGACUUCUCCAGUUUCCUCAUUUCCCCUCCCCCCACCUUGUCUCAGUCAGUUCCCUCAACUCAGCACCGCCCUCCUAACCUGCAAUCUUCUUCCUAACCUCUCCGCUCCCACCCCACUCCGGCCUAUCACCCUCACCUUGACCUCCUUCCACCUAUCAUCGCCCCUCCCCCAAGUCCCUCCUCCCUACCUUUUAUCUUAACCUGCCUGCCACCCUCUCCUCAUUCCUGAUGAAGGGCUUAUGCCCGAAACGUCGAAUUUCCUAUUCCUUGGAUGCUGCCUGACCUGCUGUGCUUUAACCAGCAACGCAUUUUCAACUGUGAUCUCCAGCAUCUGCAGACCUCAUUUUUUGCCUCAACUGGGAAGUCAAAAAGGAAGAAGAGGCCACACCUAGAAAGUUUGCAGUGGGGAAGAGGUUGCAACUGGUAGGUUUGGAAUGAAGAUGAGGCCACCACAGAGAAGUUGGAAAUAGAGAUAGGCUGCAACUUGAAGAUUGAGGAAGAGGAGGAAAGUUCUCAGGCUGGAAGUCAGGAAGAGGGGGGCACCAAUUGGGUCAUGCUGGAAACUGCAUUAAAACAAAUUUUGCAAUGCUCUACAAAAUUACAGGUGCUAUUAACUUACCGAUGUAAAAGUGAAACAAUGUUAAAGGAGAAAACUUUAAAUUAAGACUUACUGUAUUUUAAAUUUGUAUCUCUCAAAUUUCUGUUAGCAAAUUAUGGAGAUAAUCUACAGUUUUGUCUUUUAAUUAUAAUGGAAAAUUUCAUCCCCUUCAUGUUCUCUAAAAUAUUACUGCAAGUUUGUAAGAACAUACAGCAAAGACAUGACGUAUGUCAGCAAACUGUGUUUUGCAACUAAACUGUUUGAAAUUUUCUUUGGAAAUUAAAUGUUAAUACUAUGACCCAGUAAUAAACUAAAAUUUAACCACCAAUUUUGUUUUCUGUGAUAAAAUGGAAUAUUUUGUGAAAUCAACAUUUGAUAACAAAAUAUUUUUUGUUUGUUUGCUUGCUGAUGAUACCUUUCCAGGUUUAAGCCUUCUGAUUCUAGAGUUACGUUUUAAUGAGCCUAAAGUUAAUCUUGAAGGAUGAAAUAGUAUUACACUUAAUAAAACCCCAAAAUCUCUACAUUUAUUAUAUUGCAAUCCUAAUAUAGUACAUCCAUUCCCUCUUUAGCACAGACAAAAUUUAACCUUAACUAUGUAUUAACUGGAAACGUUAGGCCCCAUGCUAUAUUUUAAGAGAAUUCCAGAGAUGAGGGCUGCAGCCAAUGAUGCACAUGUCCCCCUUGUAACAGUACCAUCUGCUUUGCAAGUAUUAUAUGAAUUCAUCAAAAAGAAUAUUGAUGAGUGAACUAAAGUUUGAUCAAUAAUCUCAUAAAUGCUCUGAGGCUUCAAACAACUUGUGAUUCUGACUCUGUCAAAACUGAAAUCCAAAAAUCAGGAGGUCUACUCUUUGAUUACGUUUUCAUUUUGAUUAAUUGUGAUUAAAAUCGAGAUGUUUCUGCAUUUAGGACAAAGCGAUUGGAUUUUUUUUUUUACAUUCAGUUCUAUUGAAUCACACAAAGUUGAUUUGUAUUUAGUUGAGGUGUUGAUGAA